CCUCCCACAGACUCCUACUGGCACGGCGUGCGCUACACUUCGUCUGCAAAAUGUCACUUGUACGAACAUUGGCGACACGAUGCAUGCUGUAUAACAAAAAUGCAUUACCUUCAGCUUUCAACAUUAGCAGCAGACAAGUCAGUGCAAGCUCAUCAACAAAUCUCAAAGAUGUGCUGUCAGAUUUGAUACCCGGCAAGCAGAAGGAGGUGGCAGAGUUCCGUAAGCAAUAUGGCAAUGCAAAGGUCGGAGAGGUCACACUGGACAUGGUGUAUGGUGGAAUGCGAGGUAUCCGCGGCCUCGUGACAGAAACCUCCGUUCUGGAUCCCGAUGAGGGUAUCCGUUUCCGUGGUUACAGCAUCCCUGAGUGCCAGAAAGUGUUGCCCACAUUUGGGGGUAAAGGGGAGGAGAUGUUACCUGAAGGGUUGUUCUGGCUGCUUGUCACUGGCGAUGUCCCCACACAGGCUCAGGCUGAUGCCAUCACAAAGGAGUGGAAUGAUCGUGCUGCCUUGCCUAACCACGUCAUCACCAUGUUAAACAAUUUCCCCAGCAAUCUCCAUCCCAUGUCACAGUUCAGUGCAGCAAUCACAGCCCUAAACAGCGAGAGUAAAUUUGCUCAGGCCUAUGCUGAUGGAGUUAAGAAGGCUUUGUACUGGGAGUAUGUGUAUGAGGAUGCUAUGGACAUGAUCGCAAAGCUUCCCACAGUGGCUGCUAUCAUCUACCGUAACCUGUUCCGUGAGGGCACAUCAGUGGGAGCAAUCGACCCAAAGAAGGACUGGAGCUGGAACUUCACCGAUAUGCUGGGAUAUGAAGACCCUUACUUCACAGAGCUGAUGAGGCUGUACCUUGCCAUUCAUAGUGACCACGAGGGUGGUAAUGUCAGCGCACACACCUGUCAUCUGGUCGGCAGUGCCCUCUCAGACCCCUAUCUCAGCUUUGCUGCCGGGAUGAAUGGAUUGGCCGGUCCCCUUCACGGGUUAGCCAAUCAGGAGGUAUUGGUGUGGGUGACCAAGCUGAGAGAGGAGAUCGGAGACAAUGUCCCACCGGAGAAGUUGAGAGAAUACAUCUGGGAUACGCUGAAUAAGGGACAGGUGGUGCCAGGCUACGGCCAUGCUGUGUUGAGAAAGACCGAUCCCCGCUACUUGGUACAACGAGAGUUUGCUCAGAAGCACCUGCCAAACGACCCUCUCUUCAAACUGGUGUCAGAACUGUUUGAAGUGGUACCUGACGUUUUGACAGAGCUGGGAAAAGUGAAGAACCCUUGGCCCAAUGUGGACGCUCACAGUGGAGUCCUUCUGCAGUAUUACGGAAUGAAGGAGAUGAACUAUUACACGGUGCUGUUUGGGGUGUCCAGAUCUCUCGGGUGUAUGGCCUCCAUGAUCUGGGACCGGGCGUUCGGACUUCCCAUAGAAAGACCCAAAUCUUUUGACACACCAGGCUACAAGAAGCUGGUCAAGGCUUCAUAACGAUAACGAGUCCCUAGUAAAUGUUGUUUUUACAAUUUAGCCUCUUUUUUGGGGUAUUUUUUCUUGUUGUAGACUAGAACUGUGUUAACAGGUAUUUGAUACCAGCGUUAAGUUAUAUCAUACAAGGCAUGAGUUUAGCAAAGACAGAAAGUAAUAUUCACAAAGAGAGGGAAAAAAAAAAAAAAAAAAAAACCCCCAAAAGAAAUAGAAAUAUGAAUUCUUGUAGAAUCAGGUAAGAACAAACUUAGACUCAAAAGAAUAUUUGUGGAGAUUGAAAUCAAUAUGAAUACUAAACUUCAUAGUAUAGAAGCAUGAAACAUCUUGUAUUUAGCAAGUAACAGAACCCAUAAUGGAUGCUGCUUUCAUUGAUAUUUAUUUCGUCCUUUUAGAAAGUUGGCUAAAGUCAUUGACCGCUGCAGUAACCAUCAUACAUAGACUGGGUCUCUUAAAGUUGUAAUACAGUGAUCUACUUUUUAUGUUAUCUUGUUGUCUGUAAAUUUAAGUUUUCCUAAGAUUUUUUGGAGAUUUAUGUUUUUCUUUGAGAAAAGACUCUUUUUAUGGUAGUAAGCUUGUGUAGUGAUGUGUAAGUUGUAACAACAAACAUGGAAAGAAAAAUAUUGCCUACAGGUGUCUUAGUGACAGGGUAUCUAGCUGUCUUGAAUUUGAUGUAGCAAAGGUUGAUUUUGCUUAAUAACUUGGUAGCUAACCAUGCAAACAUUCCCUUAUUUGCAACAGGAUUUUUGACUUUAUGUGCUAAUGUUCACCUGGUUGUUAAUACCUGGAUAAGUAGUCUAGCAUAAUUGCAGCUGAGCCUUCUGGGGUAUAUGUUUAUUGCUGUUUAGCAGAGUCAACCUUUUGCUCUUUUUUCUAUUAAGAGAGUUAGCCAUCAAUGGAUUUUUUUAGAAGCUAUUGGUGUCACGUUUCUAUCACCAUUGUCCUUAAAUAUUUUUUUCGUUCAUGUGUCAAAUAGGAAGUCAGUUUCCCAGAUUUUAACUGGUUAAUAUUGGUACUGUUCAGCUGAUGUGUUUGUUUUACCGGUGUUUGUAUUCCCAACAACUUUCAUGACACAAGGUUAUAAAUAUGCAAAUAUGAUAAUCAGGGGCAGGUCUCUCUAUAAAACAAAAAAAAAAACUCCAAAAACAAGGUAUGCUGUAAACCUUUUCCUGGUUGCAAUUUUUUGUACUGAAGUAAUAGUUAUGAAGUUGCUACUGGAACACAUGACCCCAGAUUUUCUCCCAGAAAGUAAGAACAAAUCUUAGUGUGCAGUGUUAGUGCAAUUAACGACGAAUUACAGUACACGUAUAUGAGUAAGUACAACCAUUUGUUAAGGGGUUUUAAUUUAUAAGUGCUUGACUUAUGAAUUAUCUUGUACAGUUGUUGGUUUGUAAAAUGUGUGUAUAGUUGAAAAAUGUGAUCCAAAGAAAGUUGCAUUUUCCAAACAGACUGGAGUAGUGUUGUGUAUCCAGUGUUUUACAGGUGCGUACACUGUAUAGUAGCAGACUUGUAUUAAGGAAUGGUCGUGUGUACCCCGGGUUUGGUCCAUUUCCUUAAUUGCUAUUCAAGUAAUCUGUACUACGAAGUGUAUUAAAGGAAAUGUGAUAUUA